UAAUAAUUUAAUAAUUAGUCUAAAGAGCACUUGAUACAAUGAUUUUUAAGAGAAAGAGAAAGAAUUUGGACAAUGUUGGACUUGAUAGAAAGAGGACCUGCACUGAGUUUAUGUUCAAGCCACCAUCUUCUUCAGGCAGUUCAGGAGGCGUAGCAGCAUCGUUCAAUAAUUUUUAUGAUUCCAGCUUCGCCUCUGUUGACCUGAAGGAAGAAAAGUUGGAGACCCAAUUGAGCAAGAGCCCUCAGAAGAAGAAGCUGAAGAAGAGGCAGGUAAAGACGAUCAAGAGGAGUAAAGAUGAAGCUGAGUACAAGGCAAUCGUAAAAGAUUCCCCAGGAACUAAAAGGCAAACCCGAAGAAAAAGGAGCAAACCCCAAAUUGCAGGAGAGUGUGUUGGCAUGCUUGGUGAAGAAGAGAAGAUGCUCCAAAUAGCUCUCAGGAACUCUCUCAGGCAGAAGCAAAUAUCCUCCUUUAUCCCUUUGCAUGAGAUUGAAGAAAUGAAGGUUUACAUGCCUUCUGAGGAAGAAUUCAGUGAUCCGAUACAGUAUAUCGAAAAAUUAUAUGCUGAAGGAGCUCAUGAGUACGGGUGCGUAAAAAUCAUCCCUCCUACUACCUUUUCGCCUCCAAACCCGAUGGACAAGAGCUCUUCAAAGAGGAUGCCUACAAAGCUCCAGACUGUUCAGGAGUUGUCUCAGGCUAAGCCCUUUGACCCCAACGACGAAGGUCUAACCUUCCAAGAAUUUAUUGAGAAAGACCCAGGAUCAGACAAAUUCAAGCACCUCAUUGAUUCAAAAGACUACGAUCAAGUCGAACGCAACUUCUGGAACUUCAUGGAGAACCCUGACAGUGAGACGAUCAACAUCGAAUAUGCUUCAGAUCUCAAGAGCGAUGAAUUCACGCGCAAAGAAGCUACUGAAGAUAUUCUGUAUAGUGAACAUCCCUGGAAUAUGAACAAACUUCACUUGCAGAACAACUCCCUGCUUCAGUUCUGCCAAGAUAAGUAUAUCUCAGGGAUCACGAAGUCCUGGCUAUAUGUAGGCAUGAUGUACGCCUCCUUCUGUUGGCACUACGAAGAUCUGAUGAUGUACUCCCUCAACUACAUGCACGAAGGUGAAGGAAAGAUAUGGUACUCUAUCCCAGACUAUCACAGAGAGAAAUUCGAGAGACUUGUGAAAGAUAAACUAGCCUCGAGGUUCAGUGAAGAUCCUAACAUUCUCAUGGACAUCAACGUCAUGCUGAAUCCUGCUUACCUGGUUGAAAAUGGAGUCCAUGUGUACCGAACUCUCCAAAAACCGGGAGAAAUUAUCUUGACUUUUCCUGGAUCUUACCACCAAGGCGUCUCUGUCGGGUUCAAUAUUGCUGAAGCUGUCAAUAUUGCUUGUCCUAGCUGGCUCGAAUAUAUAAAUAAAGCACUGGGCAUCUACAUGGCUACGAGAGAGAAAGUCCCAGUCUUCCCAGUUGACUGGAUGUUGAUUGAAUGCGCAAAAAACAUAAACCACUAUAAGUUUGAUCCAGAGCAGCGUGCUAAGCUAAAACAUACUUAUUACGAAUGGCUCCUGAAAGAGCAAACUGAAAGAUCACUUGUUGCCUCACACUACCAAGACAAGGAGAGGUUCCAUAAGGAGAAUGUUUGGCUCAUGCCAAACAGGAGGGAAGUGGGUGAAGAUACCUUUGAGUGCUUCUAUUGAGUAAAUCUCUGUUAUGCAUCCCUUAUCCAAUGUAAGAAUUGUGGUAAAAAUUACUGUAUCUCUCACGAACUUCAUUGUGGGUGCCCAAAAGAUCAGAUCAGAAUGUUAUACAGGUAUACUACCCAAGAACUCCAAUCCUUUUAUGACCAUAUUUAAGACUCUAAAAGAUUUCUAUUUUUGA